AGUAUGCAACAGGUCGGAGCCGGCUCGUGGUGCGCAUGCGCUGCGGCCUAGCCCAGCUGUCAGCCUGGCCGGGGAUGAUGGCGAGUAACCGGCAGAGCCCGAGCCCCCAGCCAGGACCCGGAGCCGUUACAGGAAGCGGAGCGGCAGCCGCCUCCUCCACUCCGGGUAGCAGCCGUGGCCCGGGCAGAGGUUCUGGAUCUGGGGCAGCCGGAAGAAAACGGCCUCUUCUCAACGGCCUGGUCAACUCGUAUGAAGAUAAAAGCAGCGACUUUGUCUGCCCUAUCUGUUUUGAGAUGAUCGAGGAGGCACAUAUGACAAAAUGCGGUCACAGUUUUUGCUAUAAAUGUAUUCGACAGAGCCUGGAAGUCAGUAAUCGGUGCCCCAAGUGCAACUACGUGAUUGAUAAUGUUGAUCAGCUUUACCCGAACUUUCUCGUUAAUGAACUAAUCCUGAAACAGAAGCAAAGAUCUGAAGAAAAACGACUAAAACUUGAACACCCAAAUGGCCAUCGAUGGCAGGCGAUACAGGACGUGCUAAUCACAGACCAAGAUAGUCUCGACCUUCCUAACGUAAACCUCAUGCUGGAACUUAUAAUACAGAAGAAGCAACAGCUGGAAGCGGAAUCGCAGGCAGCCCAGCUGCAGAUCCUAAUGGAAUUUCUUCAGGAAGCAAAAAGGAAUAAGAAGGAGCAACUGGACCAGUUACAGAAGGAGCUGAAUGUUCUUGAGGAAGACAUAAAACGAGUGGAGGUUUGUACAAUUGGCUCAUUGAUGAGAUCACAUCUGGACUGUGUACAGUUUUGGUCUCCUUAUUUAAGAAAAGACAUAAAUGCAUUAGAGAGCAGUGUAGGCAACGUCACUCUAUUUUCAAUGCAGAGAUACAUAGAUUCUUGA